AUGUCUGAAAAAUUAGAUAACCACUCGAACGGAACCAGUCAGCCUGAAAUUACCUUAAGGUUUAAAAAGUUAUCGGAGAAUGCUACUGCACCGAAGCGUGGCUCCGCUCAAGCGGCGGGUUAUGAUCUUUACAGUGCAGAGCAAAGCGUAAUUCCACCUCAUGGGAAGGCUGUCAUUAAGACCGAUAUCGCAAUUGCUGUACCUGCUGGCUGUUAUGGAAGAGUAGCACCACGUUCCGGACUCGCCGUCAAGAAGCAUAUUGAUGUUGGCGCUGGUGUAAUUGACCAGGAUUAUAGGGGCAAUGUCGGAGUUGUGUUAUUUAAUCAUGGAAAAGAAGAGUUUUCAGUGAGCAAGGGUGAACGAAUCGCUCAAUUAAUAUUAGAAAGAAUACUUAUUGCCCCUCUGGAAGAGUGUGAGGAUCUAGACGAAACAGAUCGAGGUGCUGGUGGUUUUGGUUCUACUGGCUCUAAGUAA